AUGGCUGUCUACACCAAUACAUACACCCCUACCCCGCCGCCUGCUGAAUUGCCGACAGACAUUCAUCUCCACACCAAGCCGGAGGAGUAUGAUUUCAACUUUUGCUUUCCUGUUCAGCUCCUCAAGUCGGACAAGGUGGAGUUGAGACCUAUGGUGCCUUUUUUACAUGCCGAGUUGUAUUUUGAAGGCGUAAGCAAGUAUCCAGAGCUGUUCAAAUGGAUACCUGCCUUUCCUGCAAAGACCUUGCAAGAAGGGCUCGUCUUUAUGGAGGAACACUGGAGACAACCCUCCGAUACGCUCUCGUAUGCUAUAUUCACCGAACCGCCCGGGUCCACAAACAAAGUCGAAGCGGAAUACUAUGUCUAUGCUGGGAGUAUCGCUGUGGCGGGGUGUAGUGAGGAACAGAUGAUGGCUGAGGUGGGGUAUGUCACUGUUUUGCCGCCUUUCCAUCGUACGCAUGUCCACACGCACGCUACGGGCCUGCUUUUACACUACAUCCUCGACCUUCCUUCCCAAGGCGGUCUCGGUCUGCGCAGAUGCCAGUGGCUCUGCAACUCGUUGAACGAACCGAGCAAGUCGGGGGCUUUACGGAUGGGCUUUGAGCAUGAAGGGGUGCUGAAGGCCUAG